AGAAAAAUAUACAGAGCAAUCAAAUUUAAUAAUAUUAUAUUAAGGUUUUCAUUUUGCUAAGAAUCUUAGAUCUCUCCAGGGAUACUUCCUCUUUCUUGUGGUCCGUGUCUAUAUAUACACACUUAUGUGUCUGUGCGAGAGGUUAACCUUCAUUUCUUGAGAGAACUCAGACAAGUUCUUUCGUCCAGUACAAUUACAUCACUACAGAAGUAUCAAUGGAGGUCAACAUGAGCUUUUCAAAUGACAUGGAUGACGAGUGUGAGAAACUCUUUAGGAGAUUGAAUCCACCCAGGGUUGUGAUUGAUAACGAAGCUUGCAAGAAUGCUACUGUCAUAAGGGUUGAUAGUGCUAACAAACAUGGAAUACUUCUUGAAGUUGUACAAGUCCUUACUGAUCUGAACCUUAUCAUAACCAAAGCUUACAUAUCUUCUGAUGGUGGUUGGUUUAUGGAUGUUUUUAAUGUUACGGAUCCUGAUGGAAACAAGGUUACUGAUGAAGCAAUUCUAGAUUAUAUUACGAAGUCUCUAGGACCAGAAUCCUGCUUUAUAUCUUCUAUGAGAUCUGUUGGGGUUAAACAAUCCAUGGACCACACUGCAAUUGAGUUAACCGGAAGUGACAGACCAGGGCUGCUAUCUGAAGUGAGUGCUGUACUCACCCACCUAAAAUGCAACGUCGUGAAUGCAGAGGUCUGGACACACAAUAUGCGGGCAGCAGCCGUGAUGCAAGUAACUGAUGAGGAAACUGGGUCGGCAAUUAUUGAUCCAGAGAAGCUAUCUAGGAUCAAGGAACUUCUUUGUAAUGUACUGAAGGGCAGUAACAAAUCUAGGGGAGCUAAAACUGUUGUAUCUCAUGGGGUCACCCACACUGAGAGAAGACUUCACCAAAUGAUGUUCGCUGAUAGGGAUUAUGAACGAGCUAACAAUGAUGAAUUAGAUGAGAAGCAAAGGCCUAAUGUGAGUGUGGUUAAUUGGUGCGAGAAGGACUACUCAGUUGUAACUAUAACAAGUAAAGAUAGGCCAAAGCUUCUCUUUGAUACAGUUUGUACAUUGACAGACAUGGAGUAUGUGGUUUUUCAUGCUAAUAUUGAUGCCGAGGGCCCAGAAGCUCAUCAGGAAUAUUAUAUCAAGCAUAUUGACGGGUCCCCUGUAAAAUCAGAGGCUGAGAGACAAAGGAUUAUACAAUGUCUUGAAGCAGCUAUUGAAAGAAGAGUAUCCGAGGGCUUGAAGCUAGAGUUAUGCACUACGGACAGAGUGGGGCUGCUAUCCGAUGUUACUCGUAUCUUUCGAGAAAAUAGCCUUACUGUCACCAGAGCAGAAGUAACAACCAGAGCAGGCAAAGCAGUUAAUACAUUUUAUGUUAGUGAUGCAUCAGGGUAUCCUGUUGAUGCUAAAACCAUAGAUUCCAUCCGGCAAGCAAUUGGCCAGACCAUACUGAAGGUGAAAGGCAGUCCUGAAGAGCUAAAACCGGUGUCUCAGGAAUCACCCACUAGGUUUCUUUUCGGAGGUCUCUUCAAAUCCAGAUCUUUUGUCAACUUUGGGUUGGUUAGAUCUUAUUCUUGAGUAAACUCUUAGCUCGCUCCCCCUGUACAUAAAAACCCUUCUGCCAGAAACACUCACUAUAGAAAGAUCUCCGGUCCUUUUAGCAUACUGUGUGACUUAAGUUUAGGAACAAAGUCAUUUGUCGUAGGAGGUAGAGACUAGAGAGAGCCAAGAGAGCAGUUGAAAUGCUUGUAUAUACGCCUAUUACCCCCUUCACUGAGCUUCACUUGUAACUGUAGAUCCUUUCAGAUGUUGGGGCUAGGAAAACAAAGAAUUACAGUGGAAAUCUCAGUUCUAACCUGUGUACAUCAUUUUCAAUUAAGUAUUUGUUUCCACUUGACUAUGUUGUAGUCUUUUCUCGUUGUUUUCCUUGGCUUAUUUAAUAACAACGUUCUGCUGAAGUAUGGAUUGUUUA